GAAAUCCCCAAUGUCCAAAUACCAACAUUGGUCUCUGGCGGCGAUGGGUGCAAUAAUUAAGGCCCAAUGUCACUGUGAGAGAGGGAGAAACUCAUUUCAGGGAAAAGAGUAAAGAGUUUGAGAGAGAGAUGGGAGAGGUCGUAAGAAGAGCAGAGGAGCUGGUUCAAAGGAUCAUGCGGGGUUGGGACGCCUCACACGAUGCAUUCCACGCUUUUAGAGUGAGAAACCUUGCUCUCUCACUAGCAUUACAAGAGAACUUGACAUCUCCGGACACACUUGAGAUAAUCGAGCUUGCUGCUCUGCUUCAUGACAUAGGGGACUACAAAUAUGUGAGGGAUGCUUCUGAUGAGAAGAUGGUAGAGAGAUUUCUGGAGGAGAAUGGGGUUGAUGAUUGGAAGAGGGAAAAGAUAGUGGGCAUCAUAGAUGCCAUGGGUUUUAAGAACGAGAUUUCUGGAGUUUCAUGUAAUAAAAGUCUUCCAGAGUUUGGGGUGGUGCAAGAUGCUGAUCGCUUGGAUGCAAUUGGGGCCAUUGGAAUUGCUCGCUGCUUCACAUUUGGUGGAAAUCGGAACAAUGUGCUGCAUGAUCCCGAAAUCAAACCUCGGUUGGAACUCUCAAAGCAAGAGUAUAUGAAGAAAGAUGAGAAGCAGACUACUCUGAAUCAUUUCCAUGAGAAACUUCUGAAGCUCAAGGACCUAAUGAAAACAGAGGCCGGACGUAGAAUGGCAGAAAAAAGGCACAAGUUCAUGCAGGACUUCUUAUCAGAGUUUUAUGAAGAAUGGGAUGGCAAAGCUUGAUCAAGAGAAACAUAGGGAGGGUAUGUAUUAUUUUUUGUUACCGAUUCUGUAUUUACCUUGUUGAAGGGAAUGCUACAGAACUUAUUAUGUAUCUAAGCAAUAAUAGCCAAUACUCUUGUUUUGUGAAAUUUGUAAUGCCCGGUUUGGAUGCUAACAAUAAUAUCAAAGUAUGUCUGCUCACUUUGUUGGGCAACCUUGAACAUUUGUAUUUAUUUUGGGGAAUAAGGGGAAUAUAGUUUUUUCUAGUCA